UAACAUAUCCCACAAUGCAUGACAGGAAUACUUAAAUAUAAACAUCACGAUGUUUCAUACCCUAUAUAUUUAUAAACUAUUUACUAUUUUGGCGACUUACUCGAUUGAAUUGGAAUAUAUUUAAAAGUUUGUUGUAUGCCACUAUUUAAAAGUAGGUUGCACGCCACUAUAGACUAGAAGUUAUGUAGAACAGAGGGAAAACCAACUGAAGUUACAAUGGGGGAGAUAUUUACACUGAAUUCCGCUCACAACUUCGGAAUAUACACGAAGUCGGGGAAAAGGACAAUAUUUCAGAUUGACUUUUCGUGUAAAAGAAUAAGCCUCAUAGAAAGGGGAAAAAUAUCCAAGUCCUACGAUUUCUCAAACUUGGACCAGUAUGACUCCGAGGAAAAUCUACACAUUGUUAUCCGAUUUAGAAACAACAAGGUGCUCGAAUUUGAUGCAGACACCGCCGAGGAGAAGUAUACAAUAUGUCGUCUGCUGGGCAUUGUUCUUAAUCAAGAACCUGUACAAACAAAUGGCAUUGAAACACGUGACAAUGGGGUAAAAAACCUUUGUACAAAGAAACAAGUUUUAAAGGAAGGAAUUCUGGACAAGAAAGGCAAUACCAAAAUACCAACAUGGUCAAGGCGUCGACUACAAGUAUGUCCUGGAGAAUUUUCCUACUAUAAACCUGGAGAUGAGGUUGCACUCAACCUUGUUCAAUUAUGGGAGAACUCUACAUCAGUGAACACAAAUGGACAGAGCGGCUUUGUUGUUGCUGUGAGGGAUAGAUCGUACUAUUUCAGAUUACCAAGUGAGAAAGGUGUAAAUACUGAACAAGAGAGAGACAAAUGGGUUCAGGCAUUCAAGCAGGCCAGUCAAAGAAAAAGGGCAACAUUCUUAUUGCUUGAAAUGUCAAAAAACUCGGAAUAUGUAAAUACAAGACAAGAUGUUCCGUUACCUAGUAUACCGUCGGAAGAUGAAGACGAAGUCUGCUAUUACAACCAAAAUACGAGCCGUUCAACCAUGUCGUCCAGCGACUCCAACUCGAGCAGAGAAAUACUGGAGGGUCUUGAGAAUUCGGCGAGUAGCGUCAUAAACGAGUUGGACGAAGUUCUGAACGAUGAGUCGGCGUCGUCAUCGAGAAAUGCACAACGUAAUAUAUCUCUCAGUGUGGUUGAGAAAACAAGCCCUAUGUUAGUUUCUCCUUCCAAAAAUCGGGCACGUCCACCUGCAAUAUACAACAUGAAGACCAGCUUUAAAUCUGAGGAUGAUGCAGAACCACCAACUUAUGACUUCAUUCCAGAACCUGAUUAUUCACCGCCACCAUCACCGACGAACCACUCGACAAGCGAGUCCUCCUCAGGUUUCGGGUCACUUGGAACAGACAAACACUCUUCAGGCGUGUAUAAACAAGUUAUAACUCGAAGGGACUCUGACAAUGACAACCGCGUGAUCAACAACCGUGUGUCUGGAAGUUAUAACCAGGUGAUAAAAAAUGAUGCUCCGAAUAAACGUUCCUCGGGGGAAUACACAAAAGCUAUAAAACCAGGUGCAGGUGCUGUGAAUGUUAUGUCAAACUUUACUGAAAUCCCAAAACUAAGAAGAGUUGGAUCUAAAGACACAAACGAAAUUCUCGACAAGGACGUAAAUGUCAGUCCUAGGGAAAAAAGUCCUCGUGAUUCAAAUCAACCAGUGUACACAAAUGAAAAGAUAUCUGUAAAACAGAUGCAAGCAAGUAUCGAAAACACUUACAUUAAUGAGGUAAAAGACAAACAAGAAGAGAAAUCCGAUAAAUUACCAAGUCCUAGAGAUAAAAGUAAGUUUCCUGUACCAGCACCGUCGGCACCACGACGAGCACCACCACCGCCCGUAUGCAAUAUCCCGCCGGCUCCGCCACCUGUGUGUGCACCCGCGCCUCCCGCAAUACCACCACCGCUAUCUCAAGUGAAACAAAUGAAAGGAAAAUUGAAACAAGUGCAUUGGAGUCGCACACCAAAACCACUAGUCCAGAAUUCGAUUUGGGAGCGUCCUCGAGAUAUGACCCCUAGAUUGAACCUUUCUCUUCUGGAGGAACAGUUCUCUCUGAAGGAAAAAGACACACCUCCUACUCCUGGCCCGAAGUCUCCAUCAGCCGGCAAGCAACAAUUGUUAGUGGAUGCUAAACGAGCACAGAUUUUGGACAUCUUCAUGUCUGGUUUAAAGAAUGAAGGUACGAGGAAACUUGUGGAUGUCUUAAACUGUGUGACAGAAGAUAAACAGUUUUCCCUCUAA